GACAGUGAGUUAUGUGCACGUCCCUCUCCAAAAACAUCCUGUGAGGCUGGGAAAGUAGGAAGGAAAUCAACGCAGCAGAAGAACCUCUCUGAACAAAAGGUGAUCGAGGCACCUCUUCCUCCCAUGCAUCCUCGCUACGCAAAGCUGGAUUGUCCUCAUCCCUCUGCCUACUGCGAGUUCCAGUAGCUUGGAAGAGUCCUGGAGGUCGUAAAGCCAGGGAAGAGGACAUGUGUGCAGCUGAAGCUACCUCAUCUUUGCUCCAAGUGGAAGAAAACUUUUCAGCAUGCCUGGCACGGAUGGAUGCUCUCAUCUUCAAGCCUCUGCUGCAGUCAGAGCCUAGUGACCAGAAGGGAAAGGAGAACUUUAAGCUCUUUCUGCUCCUGAACGAUCAAUUUCAAGCUCUCUGGAACCUCACAGAAGAGAACUACCGGAUAGUGAAGGAAAAAUGCAGCACUUCUGAGUCGUUCUGCAUUCAGGAUAUUUACAUUGUCUGGAAAGGAGACCUGUUCCUAAGCUUGUACAUCCGGUAUUUUGUCACUUUUGCCAACUAUGUCGUAGUCCAUGGCUUCGAACAUGCCACAAAGAGCAAAAGCGAAGCCUGGAAGCACCAUAAGACAGUGCUGAAACAGUUCCUCACAGACUUCACCUCUGAGACCUCCAUGUCAUUGGCCUUGUACACCGUCCUUCACAAACCUAUCCGCGACCACGUCGAGCAGUACAUACUGCUCCUUAACAAGCUGAAUGAGGUUCUCAAAGAGAGCUCUGAAAAGGACAUUGUUAAUAGCGCUGUCAAGGAAUAUGUGAAGCUGAAGUCCUUCAUUAGCCAAGUCCUGGAUGAAGCUUGUUUUACCAAGACCUUAUGGAAAUCCUUGGGCUACAAAUUCACGGACAUGCUGUGUGUUCCUGAAAGAAGGCUGUUGGAAGAUAGCAAAAAUCUUCCCAUCUCUGCCAGUACAAAUCGAUCAGACCGAAUCCUGCUCUUUGAUGAUGUCCUUGUACUAAUUCAGGGAAACAGCUUUCAGAGCUUUGAUCUGAAGCUUGUAUGGGUAGAUGAAACCUGCAGGGAGAAAUCAGCUCUGGGACCGUAUGGACUCCGCAUUAUAACCCCAGAAGAAACGUUUGUUCUCACUGCCAAAGACCCACAGAUGAAGGCUGUUUGGCAGUGGAAGCUGAACCAAGCCAUCCGACAGGCUUUGAAUGGGAAGCGAGAUUUCCCCCUGUGGGGUAAAACUGGAGAAGGCACCGAGCCCUCAUCCUACCGCUUCUUCACCUACGUCUUCAGGCUGGAGAGCAAGUUCAAAAGCGCAUCCUAUGAGGGUGAAUGGCACUGGGGAAAGCCUCAUGGCAAGGGGACAUUGAAAUGGCGUGAUGGUCGCAACCAUGUUGGAGAUUUCAAAGAGGGCUUGGAGCAUGGGUUUGGAAUAUGCCUCGUCCCUCGCCGAUCUGAAGACCGGUACGACUGCUAUAAGUGCCACUGGUAUGAGGGCAAGAUGAGAGGCUAUGGAAUCUGUGAGUAUGGGAAUGAUAUGGUCUACAAAGGCUACUUCAAAGAUGAUGUGCGUCAAGGGUUUGGUAUACUGGAGAACUUCUCAGCUGAGCAUCCAUUUAAAUACACGGGACAGUGGGAAAAUGACAAGAAGAAUGGAUAUGGAGUUUGGGAAGACAAGGACAGAGGGGAGAGAUACAUAGGGACAUGGCUUGAUGAUCACAGACAUGGACAAGGCAUUGUAGUCACCCAGUCAGGUGUCUGCUAUCAGAGGACAUUUCAUGCUGACAAAAUGGUGGGUUCUGGGAUUCUGCUCUUGGAAGAUGACUCAGUCUAUGAAGGAAACUUCACACAAGACCUAACAUUUGUUGGAAAGGGAAAGCUGUCAUUUGCCAAUGGCUUUAUUCUGGAGGGAACCUUUACUAAUAAAUCGGGCCAAGGCCUUCAGACGCAAGGUAUCCUGAAUACAUCAAACGAGCAGCUGGAUGAGAGAAUAACCAAAGCUCAGCUGGGCCUCAAGGAGUUCCCGGUAGAGAAGAGGUGGAAGGGAAUCUACGACCAGUUCCUGGAGUUCAUCCAUUCGGGUUGCAAAGAAGAAAUGGAGGAGUCUUUUACAGGAUUCCACAUACAAACAAGCAAGGAGCUCCGGAAAUCUCAGGAGUACCUCUUCUGCCAAAGGGGGUCUGAGGAUGUUUCCUGGAAGACAGAAGAUAUUCUUGAAGAGCUUGUCCAGCACCAUGAACUAGGAUCACUACAGAGCUAUUUAGAGAAGGCAUUGAAAUCUUCUCUACAUCCACUGGGAAAGCUGCUGAAGGCCUUGACAAUAGCUUUUCAGGCAACUUACUCUGGGAUUGGGGCCAACAGACACUUGCUGACUAUGGCACAAGAGGAAGUCAAGUACUAUGCAAAGAAAAUAUGGGAGUUUUACCAGGGUUUGCUCCAUCUGGCUCUGGAACAGAAAGGUCAACUGCCUGUGAAAUGUGUGGAUGGAGAAGUAAGCGACCAGAAAGCAUACAGUGUGGUCCUUCCAUUGAUCUUGCCCUGCUUCUACCCUGAGCUUUUCAUGCUCUACAUGCUCUAUCAUGAAAGGGAAGAUGACCUCUACUGUCAAGGGAUUGUGGACCUAAGUCUAUUUCCUGACAUCAAGCUGCUAGAGUUUCUGGAUGUACAGAAACACCUUUGGCCUCUUAAAGACCUCACCUUGACAACCAACCAGAGGCGGUCCCUGAUCAAAGACAAGUGUUUCCUAUCUGCCACAGAGUGUUUGCAGAAGUUGAUCACCACAGUGGAUCCCCGGGAAAAGCUGCUGAUCCUCCAGAAGACAUAUGAGGAGAUAGAGAGCACUGUGUCCCGAGUGGUUGAGAAAGACUACAAGCUCCCUAUGGAUGACCUCUUGCCCCUACUGAUGUAUGUUGUAUCACGAGCUAAAAUACAGCACCUGGGAGCUGAAAUCCAUCUGAUCAGAGACUUGAUGGACCCCACCAAUCAAGGAGGAUUGUACGACUUUCUAUUAACAGCAUUGGAGUCAUGCUAUGAACACAUACAGAAGAUGAGACUCCACCAAAGAGAGAACUGCCAUAUGGUUCACACCUCCUGAGCCCCAGAACCAGCAGGGAUGCUCCUCCCUGCCACGUUUUGACCAAACACUGUUGGAUGAAGAAGCAAUCAAAUCACUGCUGCUCCAGCUGCCUUUAAAAAAGAAAGGACGGUUAUUUUUCAGAUGAGGGGUUCUUGCUAGGUUUUCUAUUAGACUGUGUACAAUUAUCAAGCACAGACAUGCAAGUGCUGUGAGCUGAAAGCCUUCUAUGCAACCUCAGCUUGUGUUGGAAAGUGGAGGAGGUUUCUUUUGCCCUUGUUGAUUUCACUUUCCUGAAAACAGCAAUACACCUCUUUCCCUUGAAAUUCCUUUUAGCUGUUUUCUCAGUUGCUGUGCUUGUUUUGUACUGGUAAACAGACAUAAAAGGAGAUCAUUUGACCACUUUCUACUAAAUAAAGCCUGCAUAGUCAUCGUUAUGAGACUCCUGGAUGGUAGAAAUGUGGGAUGGAUAAGAGAGACUACCUAUCUCUGUACUCCUAAACAAUGUGUUCCUGGAGUGAAGUGGCUCUUUUUGCAUCCCUAAGAGGAAGAUCUUUCCUCUUCUUCCCUUUGCCAAAUUCUGUACCUCUCCAUUGCACCAUAAUGCUGCUACUGACUAACUUCUCUGUUUGAAGAUAAUCCUAAAUGUAAAUUUAUACUUUGCAGACUCUUAUUAAAUCUCAGGGAUAUCACACUUGCACCUUGAAAAUGCUGGUGCUGCUUUCUAAUUCUGCAGGGGCUUGUGUGUGCCUAAGAGGUAAGAGAUCUCAAAUAUCGGUGAGAGAACACACAAAAACAUUUGGCCUCCUGCACUGACAGAGCUGCAAAAGCAUUGGUUUUCCUAGAUGCACAGCUUUGUGCUGACAGAACAGCCACUGACACCAUUGGGGCACAAUCAGAUUAGAAUGGGGCUAGUUUUUAUUCUGCCUUUAAAAAAGGUAAAGGGAUUUCUGAUAUGCUGUUACUCUCAGAUGAAAGUACUAAUGUGUGAAUUGUAUGUUAGAGCUAAAGCUCUUUUGAACUAGAUUUUAACGUGCUUUUUUUACCAUUUGACUUUUAAAUUGUCCAGGUCUGUGACUUCAGGAAAACAAAUCAAAACUCUACAGACUGUUUAUUCCUGUUUGUCAUAAGUAUUAUGCUUUAAUAAAUAGUACACUGGUUACAACAGUUAAUAUAUUGGUGUAAGAGUAUCAUAAUGUAUGUUUUACAGUAACUGUAUUUAAAUAAAACUGUUUCAUUUUUGAGAGA